CUUGUGGAGAGACUCCAGAACAAAUCCGGGCCCCCAGUGGAAUAAUCACAAGUCCAGGCUGGCCCUCUGAGUAUCCUGCCAAAAUCAACUGCAGCUGGCUCAUAAGGGCAAACCCUGGGGAAAUCAUUACUAUAAGUUUUCAGGAUUUUGAUAUUCAAGGGUCCAGAAGAUGCAAUUUGGACUGGUUAACAAUAGAAACGUACAAGAACAUUGAAAGUUACCGAGCUUGUGGUUCCACCAUUCCACCUCCAUACAUCUCCUCACAAGACCACGUUUGGAUCAGGUUCCAUUCGGAUGACAGCAUCUCAAGAAAAGGCUUCAGACUGGCAUAUUUUUCAGGGAAAUCUGAGGAGCCAAACUGUGCUUGUGAUCAGUUUCGUUGUGGUAAUGGAAAGUGUAUACCAGAAGCCUGGAAAUGUAAUAACAUGGAUGAGUGUGGAGAUAGCUCCGACGAAGACAUCUGUGCCAAAGAAGCUAAUCCUCCAACAACUGCUUCUUUUCAGCCCUGCACUUACAACCAGUUCCAGUGUCUGUCCCGUUUUACCAAAGUUUACACUUGCCUCCCUGAAUCUUUAAAAUGUGAUGGGAAUAUUGAUUGCCUUGACCUAGGAGAUGAGAUAGACUGUGAUGUGCCAACUUGUGGGCAGUGGUUAAAAUAUUUUUAUGGUACUUUUAAUUCUCCCAAUUAUCCAGACUUUUAUCCUCCUGGAAGCAAUUGUACAUGGUUAAUAGACACUGGUGAUCACCGUAAAGUCAUUUUACGCUUCACUGACUUUAAACUCGAUGGUACCGGUUAUGGUGAUUAUGUCAAAAUAUAUGAUGGAUUAGAGGAAAAUCCACAUAAGCUUUUGCGUGUGUUGACUGCUUUUGAUUCUCAUGCACCUCUUACAGUUGUUUCUUCUUCUGGACAGAUAAGAGUACAUUUUUGUGCUGAUAAAGUGAAUGCUGCAAGGGGUUUUAAUGCUACCUACCAAGUAGAUGGCUUCUGUUUGCCAUGGGAAAUACCCUGUGGAGGUAACUGGGGGUGUUACACUGAACAGCAGCGAUGUGAUGGGUAUUGGCAUUGCCCAAAUGGAAGGGAUGAAAUCAAUUGCACAAUGUGCCAAAAGGAAGAAUUUCCAUGUUCCCGAAAUGGUGUCUGUUAUCCUCGUUCUGACCGCUGCAACUACCAAAAUCAUUGUCCAAAUGGCUCAGAUGAAAAAAACUGCUUUUUUUGCCAGCCAGGAAAUUUUCAUUGUAAAAACAAUCGCUGUGUGUUUGAAAGCUGGGUGUGCGAUUCUCAAGAUGACUGUGGUGAUGGCAGCGAUGAGGAGAAUUGCCCAGUUAUCGUGCCUACCAGAGUGAUAACUGCAGCUGUCAUAGGGAGCCUCAUCUGUGGCCUGCUACUUGUUAUCGCACUGGGAUGUACUUGUAAGCUUUAUUCUCUGAGAAUGUUUGAACGAAGAUCAUUUGAGACCCAGUUGUCAAGAGUAGAAGCAGAAUUGCUACGCAGGGAAGCCCCUCCCUCUUAUGGGCAGCUGAUUGCUCAGGGUUUAAUUCCACCAGUGGAAGAUUUUCCUGUUUGCUCACCUAAUCAGGCUUCUGUUUUGGAAAACCUCCGGCUAGCUGUCCGAUCUCAGCUUGGAUUUACUUCAAUCAGGCUUCCUAUGGCAGGCAGAUCCAGCAACAUCUGGAAUCGUAUUUUUAACUUUGCAAGAUCACGUCAUUCAGGGUCUUUGGCUUUGGUCUCAGCAGAUGGAGAUGAGGUGGUCCCUAGUCAGAAUACCAGCAGAGACCCUGAACGAAAUACUCACAGAAGUUUGUUUUCUGUGGAGUCUGAUGACACAGACACAGAAAAUGAAAGAAGAGAUUCAGCAGGAGCGUCUGGUGGGGUUGCAGCGCCUUUGCCCCAGAAGGUCCCUCCCACAACGGCAGUGGAGGCAGCAGUGGGAGCAGGUGGAAGUUCCUCAACUCAGAGCACCCGAGGUGGUCAGACAGAUCAUGGAAGGGAUGCGGCCAGUGGGGAGCCCCAAAGCGUGAGUCCAGGACGACACCAGCUUUCAAGUGCUUUAAGUCGUAUGACUCAGGGGCUACGUUGGGUACGUUUUACACUAGGUCGAUCUAGUUCUAUAAAUCAGAGCCAGAGUCCUUUGAGACAACUUGAUAAUGGAGUGAAUGGAAGAGAUGAAGAUGAUGAUGUCGAGAUGCUAAUUCCAGUUUCUGAUGGGGCUUCAGACACUGAUAUCAAUGACUGCUCCAGACCCCUUCUUGAUCUUGCCUCAGAUCAAGGACAAGGGUUUAGACAACCACACAGCACAACAAACCCUGGAGUAAGGCCAAGUAAUCGAGAUGGCCCAUGUGAGCGCUGUGGUAUUGUCCAUACUGCCCAGAUACCGGACACUUGCUUAGAAGCAGCACUGAAAAAUGAGACAAGUGAUGAUGAGGCUUUGUUACCUUGUUAAGGUACGAAUCACAUAAGAGAGAUUGUAUACAAGUUGGAGCAAUAUCCAUUCAUUGUUUUGUAAUGUUACUAUUAAAUUAGCUUUAGUUUAAAAACAAAAGACGCAGGGUGAUUUCUUAUUAUGUUAGCCUGCAUGGUUAAAUUAACAACUUGUAACUCUAUGAAUUUAGAGUUCACAAUUUUAGUAGCUAAAAAUGCAUUAUGUGUUCAUUUCGUUCAGUAAUGUUCUUCCAAUUAUGUUUACCCGUUUUCAUCCUGGUACUAUAGUUCACCAUAGAAAGGCGCUGCUUAAACUCAAAUAUUUGACCGUCAUUUUACCUAUCCUAUGUUAAAAGGUUUGUUUGUGCAAAAUAGUAUCUUUUAAUUGAAUCUUAUGCUUUUGACAACACAUAACUUAUUAUGCUAGAUGUUAAAGUUAUUAAUGUACAAAAA